AUGAACCAGCAGCUUAAGUCUCAGCUGGGAAAACUCUGCAAAGAUUCUGGAAUCAAAUGGGUCAAUGCCCUCCCCUUGGUCCUACAUAAUCUCAGGGCAUGUCCCCGUGGGAACCUGAACUUAUCUCCUUAUGAAUUACUUUUUGGGAGACCCUCCCCCGUAUACAACACCCAAUUUCCCCCAUCAGAACUAGAAGUAGGUGAGUCUGAAUUAACCAAAUAUAUAAUACAGCUCCAGAAGCAACUGAUUGUUCUCCACAGAUACGCGGCCGGGAGUCAAAACAUACCUCUAGACGAGAACAUCCAUCCGUUCCAACCAGGGGACUGGGUACUGGCAAAGACUUACCAGAAGGUACCCCUACAGCCCACCUGGGAAGGACCCUACCAGGUACUUCUAACUACCCCAACCUCUGUCAAGGUAGCAGAGAAGUCGGCCUGGCUACAUCAUACCCGCUGCAAACCUGCUUCUCCACCCGACUCCGCCACUGACAACGCGCCCUACUCUACUCCCCCACAACCGGCAGGCGACGACACCGACGCAGAGGCGAACCAACAGACCGGACCAGAUCGGGGCACGCAUCGAGCCCAACAGCCCGGACCAGAUCGGGGCACGAAUCGGGCCCUACAGACCGGACCAGAUCGGGGCACGAAUCGGGCCCUACAGACCGGACCUGCUUCAACACCAACACCGACCCAUUGGACCUCUGAAAUCGUCACUACAACGGACAACCGGGAGCAACCCCCGAUCCGCCUCCAACUCCGUAAGGCACCGCUUCACGCCGUUUGACAGCUUGCCCUUUGACAGCUUCGCGUUUGACAGCUCGCCUUUUGACAGCUCGCCUUUUGACAGCUUGCCUUUUGACAGCUCCGCCUUUUGACAGCUUCGCCGUUUGACAGUUUGCCUUUCACAGCCUGCCGCUUACCGCCACCCUGUUCCUGACUACCAUGCCCUCCACUAGACGUACCCUACCUCCUCCCUCCUCCGUCCUACUCAUGCUUUCCAUUUUUGCCACUAUCAUGACCUGCUCAACGACCAUCAUGACCACACAUGUUUCAUGCCCAGGAUUACAAAUUGAGCACCAAUAUCUUGAUUUCGGAAUUGUGGACAUGGUAAAAAGAGGGACAUUGGACCGCCUAGGGGAUUUUGACUUCUGCGUACCGGAGACCCGCGUUCUCCUUCGCCAUUCCAUACUACCUACCCUCACCACACACCAAACUUGGGAACUGUUCAUCCGUUCUCCAACUUACACCCCACUCGGCAAACUCAUAGUAAGCCGAGAUGGCCCCUGGAACCGAGCCCGCUGUAUAAAUGGUUCCUAUACACUAUUUUCCGACGGUGUGCCCCAACAAUCGCUAAACUGGACAAUCUUGGACAAUGGCGGUGGGGAAUCAGUCUACACUGACCGAAAUCACCCGACCGACCGCCUGAUUCAUGGAUUUUACUGCCAGAGAGUGGACUCCGUACCUCGCCCCACCACCCUCCAGGGAGUUUGCCUCCGAAGGUACUGCUGCGUCUGGGACAUCGGCCUCGCCUCUACCUGGGAUGGCAGAGCGUACCUUGAGGGCUGGCAUCACUCCACCACCCCACCCGCGGAGUGGGAUACUACUGGGCCCCAAAGAUGUGGAGGUGUGGCUACAAACCUCACCUACCUACAUCGACAGGACCCCCUCCACCCCGCGGGCACGGCACCUCGACAAAGGGGAACUGUCGAUAUCUGAACCCCCUACCAAUCACGACCUGUUAUCCGCCUGGCAUUCCAACACCUACGUGAAACUGGUCUCCGAAAUUGCAAAGCAAACGACCACCACCGACGACUGUUGGAUCUGUGCCAACGACUGUGCUCACCUCCGCAGUGGCAUUCCUUUCCUUGGAGUACCCCUCACCUUACAACAACACCUCUCUGCUGAUGUACAGUCCUGGAACCUGACUGCCGUAAACUUAACUCACCAGUACAUCUACCUAACCGGACCUACGAAAAGCGACCUCUGUCGGAAGUUCAGCGGCAAUGACAGGAUGAUUGGAGAAAGCACCUGUAAAUACAUCAUUGACAUCACCCUGACCGGUAAAAUCACUUUGUGGUGACAGGGCACCCCCUCUACUCAUCCAGAUCUGUUGUCUGCUUGGAAACAAGUGAUGAAUUUGCCUAAUUCUUGGGACCCCUCCCCCGUUUCCCAGUGCUUUUUCCGUACCUUCCUCACGGGCCGCAUAGACUCCUGUCUACAGGGAUUGUUUUGGGUGUGCGGCCAUCGUGGCUAUGUAUGGGCCAGCCCCCACUCCCGGGGCACCUGCUACCUUGGACUAAUCUUGCCUGGGAUCAGGGUCACCCCAGACCUCCCCCCUGGAAGGAGACGCAACAAGAGGGCAAAGGACUUGUCAGAACUUUCCGACGUGUCAGCCAAUGGGGAAACCUAUGGGUGAGCCCUCUUCCCCGCCUACGGAGCAGGUUCCAACCAUGUAGACAUUCUUAAACUGACAGACAUUCUAUUAACUUUUAUGGAAGAAUCUAACGCGGCAACCCAAUCUAUCCUAACGGAGCUGAUGGAGGUCAGACAGAUGGCGAUUCAGAAUCGUCUUGCUUUGGACUAUAUUCUGGCUUCGACCGGAGGCGUAUGUGCCCUCGUAGGAACUGAGUGCUGUACGUACAUCUCUGAUCAGACCUUGAACAUUACGGGUCAUCUCAACAAUAUCCACAAACUGACAGACGAGCUUAGAGAUAUCCAACAUGAAGGUCUAUCCGAUGCUCAAUUUUGGAGCUGGCUACCGGGAUCCGGAUGGAUAAAACAACUCUUGGGAAACGGACUCUGA